GCCGAGGCACGCCAAUGACGUCAUAGCCACCGAUCAUAUUCAGAUCUCGAUCGAGCUCAGGAGCUCCAAUCCCAGGAUACCUCUGCGUUCUUAAGAUCGUCGCUGCCACGCUUUCCUCGGGGGAUCACCGGAGUUCCAGUUUCAGUUCGACAACUCUCUAUCAUAUCAUAUCGACAGUAUGCCGUGGUCAUUCGCUUUGCCUCAGGCUAUCUUCACGUCGCCGCUUUUGGCGAUCGCGACGCCCAUUGCCGUGGGCACGACGUCUGCGCUGCUCACUAAUCGCUCAAACACCAAAGAAACCUACACAACCCUUCGCCAACCCCCCUUCAGUCCCCCCGCCUGGCUCUUCGGCCCGGCCUGGACACUUCUCUACGGUCUAAUGGGCUACGCAUCACACCACGCAACAGCCCUCGCCUCACAAUCUCUCAUCCCGGCCGUCCACGAAGCUAACCGCUCCGCCCAAACCCUCUACACCACUCAGCUCGGACUGAACUUUAUCUGGAUGCCGCUCUUCUUCGGGCUGGGUCGGCCGGCGACUGCGCUGGGUGACAUGGCCCUGCUGAUUGGCAACGUGUCACUUUUGCUGGCGAAUUGGUGGGAUGCCGAUCGGACGGCUUUCUGGCUGAUGGCGCCGUAUCUGGGGUGGUUGGGGUAUGCAGCGUAUUUGAAUGCCGGGGUGGGGUAUUUGAAUGGUUGGACUUUGCCGAAGAAGAAGAGGGAGGAGUAGCUGAGAUUCUCCGUUUGGGAAGCUUUCUACGGGAAGGGAGAUGCUGGUAUCAUGGUUGGGUAGGGAAGGUGUUGCGACGACGAUGGAGCAUGAAUUUUACUUCUUAUUGGCGCUUGGGCGAAAGGGAGCUUCGGUGGGACCGUGCGAGGGUGAUUUGAUAUGCAUGACUGCUGCUGGGUGGAUAUCGAGGUUCCUUGUUUCCAGACCUUGAUGUUUCUUCCCCCCUAUCUUAUGUGUUAUCUAUCGGUGUUUGGUACCUUAAGUGGGCUUCUACCAGCGGGAAGGAGAAUUUUCCAUCGAUCAGCUGGUCUCUGUCGGACCCACUUUCUGCUCCUCUUGAUGGCCUGUCGAGGUCUGGAAGAAUGGACAAGUAUUCAGAUCCAAGGGCAGUCUGCUAUCAGUGGUAGGAAAGAACGAUUCUAAUAAUGGCAGCAAAUUGGAAUUGAAACAAUUAUCUACAUGAUCGAGUAUAGUUUCUCAUAUAUUGGGAUGACGAGAUGAACGACUUU